GUAAAAAAAAGACCACAAUGACGACCACGAGGUUCUAAAAAUUACUCCCUCAGUCUCAUAUUAAGUGACUGUCUAUUACAUGAAUCUAAACGUUUUUUUAAACAUAUAUACAUCUAUAUUUAAUCAAAUUUGAGUUAUUUAAUAUGGGACCGACGCCAGCCCUUCCCUCACCCCCUUUUCUUUUCUUCGCCAUGCAUGGCCACGAGCGCAUCAAUGGCCACUGAUGUACACUGUGCCGCGAGCACGACACGGCCUGUCCCAUUUAUCACGCCGGAAUGCUCGAUAAAUUCACAGCCUCGUUCGUCAAUCUUGCAAGUUAGAUAUCAAAGUUUCUCGCUAACUAUGCAGUUCAAAUCUAUGGAGCUAGCACUGCCAGCAGCAUGGGCGUCCUCGUUCCUCGCCGUGCUCAUGGCCACCGCCAUUCUCCUUCUCGUUCUCCGGCACGGGAGAAACAGUCACAGACACAGAUACAGGCUCCCGCCUGGGCCUAAGCCGUGGCCCAUCAUCGGCAACCUGCACCUGCUGGGCGCGCUGCCGCACCGGUCCCUCCGCGAGCUCUCCAAGCGGUACGGCCCGCUGAUACAGCUCCGCCUGGGCUCCUUCCCCGUCGUGGUGGGCUCCUCCGCGGAGACGGCCCGGUUCUUCCUCAAGACCCACGACGCCGCGUCCGCCGGCCGGCCCAGAACCGCGGCCGGCAGGCACACCGCGUACAACUACUCCGACAUGCUCUGGUCGCCCUACGGGGCCCACUGGCGCCGCCUGCGCCGGGUGUGCCUCGCCGAGCUCUUCAGCGCCGCCCGGCUCGGCUCGUUCGAGCACAUCCGCCGCGACGAGGUGCGCGCCCUGCUGCGCGGCCUCCACGACGCGAGCGGCAUCGGCAUGCCGGUGGUGGUCAAGGUCAAGGAGCACCUGUUCGCGGCCACGCUCGGCAUGAUCUCGCGGAUGGUGCUGGGGAACAAGUACGUGGGGAAGGACGCGGGCUCGGGGUCAGCAAUGGAGCCGGAGGAGUUCAUGCGGGUGAUGGAGGAGUUCUUCUUCCUGAACGGCGCGCUCAACGUGGGCGACUUCGUGCCGUGGCUGGGCUGGCUGGACCUGCAGGGGUACGUCGGGAGGAUGAAGAAUGUCGCCUGGGCGCUGGACGCGUUCAUGGAGCGCGUCCUGGACGAGCACGACGCGCGCCGGCGACUCGAGGGGGACGGCAGCUUCGUCGCCAAGGACAUGGCGGACGUCCUGCGGCUGCAGCAGCGGCGGCAGAUCGAGUCCGGCGACGAAGAGGGAGAGCCGCUUGAGCGUGACAGCGUCAAGGCUCUGGCCAUGGACCUCAUCGCGGGGGGCACCAACACCAACGCCGUGACGCUGGAAUGGGCCAUGUCGGAGCUGCUGAGGAACCCGGCGGCGAUGGACGCGGCAGGGGAAGAACUGGGCCGCGUCGUGGGCCGCGGCAGGCUGGUGCGCGAGGACGACAUCCAGAGCCUGCCUUACUUGAGGGCUGUCGUGAAGGAGACGCUGCGGCUGCACCCGGUUGGGACUCUGCUGGCGCCGCACGAGGCCCAGGAGGACGCCACCGUGCCGGCCUUCGUCUCCGGCAACGGCGUCAGCUACGACGUCCCCGCGGGCACGCGCGUGCUCGUCAACGUGUGGGCCAUCGCCCGCGACCCCGCGCUGUGGGGGCCCAAGCCAGAGGAGUUCAGGCCCGAGAGGUUCCUCGAGGGCGGGGGCAACUCCGGCGUCGACGUGGUGGGGCAGGACAUGGAGCUGCUGCCGUUCGGGGCCGGCAGGCGGAUGUGCCCUGGCUACGGCCUGGGGAUCAAGGUGGUGCAAAUAUGCCUCGCCAACCUGAUCCAUGGCUUCGCCUGGAGGCUCCCGGACGGCGUGGCGGCGGAGGAGCUGGGCAUGGAUGAGGUGUUUGGGCUCACCACGUCGCGCAAGUUCCCGUUGGAGGCCGUCCUCGAGCCCAAGCUCCCCGCUCACCUCUACACGCUGCAUUCCGCCGGCUAGCUAGCUUGGGUUUUGUGGAACCUUGAGAUGAGGGAGAGGAAUUAAUCCCUGCAAAUCAAUUUCAGCCAUGUUCAUUCACAUCGCCAUGAGGGCUUCAAUAAAGGGACAGGUCUUGUCUUUCUUGGACCAUACAUGCAUGUUAAACCAAAACUCUCAAGAAUAGACAAGCUAGACAACUGGGGCUUCACAUGUCUUUGAGGACCCUUGUUCAUUUAGAUCAUGUGCCGAAAGUUCCAAAUUUUUGGCAGGCUAUCUAUCUCAUUAAUCAUUGGAUUUCAGCAA